AUUUCAAUCAUUUAUAAAUGCGGAAUGCCGUAAUUUCCACUAUUAUUGCGUACUUUGCUAACGUGCGCGUGGUGGUAUACAUGUAUAUAUGUGUGUGUACGGACACGUGAAACCGUAAGACGGUAGAGACUGGAUUGUCAGUAGAGGAAAAUUCAUCAUCAGCUGCAUAAGUAUUUUUCAUAAGAAGUAUAAGUUUCAGUUGCCAGGAAAUAUACAUCCGGGAUCUAGAUGACGGCCACCGCCGAAACAACUAACACAAGUCAAAAUGGAGGAAUGGGCGGACCUCCUGUUAACAAACGUAUCCUCCAAACCCAGUUCAGUGUCGACUCUCUCCCUGGCGAAAGUGGCGCGAGGCGAAGGAGAACUACUUCCGGUGGAGGUUUUCACAGACAGUCAAGUCUAAGUCUACACCACUGGGACUCUUACAAAGUAAUUAAGAAAGAUGUCGAUGAACCACUUGAGGAGCACCCCGAAGCUGAAGCAACAAAGACGAAAGUUCCGUGGUGGACAUCACACCGAGUGCGUCUGUCCUUGAUCUGUUUUAUGGGAUUCUUCUGUCUGUAUGCUAAUCGAGUCAAUUUGAGUGUGGCCAUCAUAUGUAUGGUCAAACAGGAAGUGGCCAAUGAAACUGGUAUAAAUCUCGAGAAAUCCACUAAUGAAUCACACGUGACAUUCCGUAACCAUAGCUAUGAUUCCGGACUAAUUACACAAAACAUAUCAUUCCGGAACCAUGAGAUAGAAGGACCGGAAGUUAGUGUUUGUCCAACGUCCGCUUGGUCAUCCCAAUCACAGACGGGGGAAUUCGGAUGGGACAAAAGUCUCCGGGGGAUAUUACUGGGAGCCUUUUUCUGGGGCUAUACUAUAAUGCAGAUUCCGGCUGGGUGGCUGGCGGAACAAUACGGACCGCGCGAAACCGUUUUUGGAGGGAUGCUUCUUGUAUCGGCACUCACGCUACUUACACCGCUUCUCGCCAGAGGGAGCCCCUAUCUCCUCCUUAUUGGGAGAGUACUGAUAGGAGUUGGUGAGGCGAUGAUGUAUCCCGGGGCCCAGGUUCUGUGGGCCAAGUGGGCCCCACCAGAGGAACGGAGUCGGCUGGUCGGUUUCUCUUUCGGAGGGUGUCAGCUAGGGAACGCGUUGGCCUUUCCAAUAGCGAGCCUCCUGUGUCAGUACGGAUUUGACGGAGGCUGGCCUGCCAUCUUCUACGUACUGGGAGGUUUGGCUCUGAUCUGGACGUUUGUCUGGUUGAUAUGUGUAAGGAACACACCAGCGGAAAAGCCAGGCAUAUCUGAAAGAGAAGUUCGGUAUAUCGAGAGUUCGCUGGGAUGUGUAUUUCAUUCCACCAAGAACUCCCACAAGAAGAAACACCCGAUUCCAUGGAAAGCUAUGCUGACGUCACUUCCUGUUUGGUCUAUACUUGUUGCAAACUUCUGCGGUAACUAUGGAGCGUACAUGCUGCUUACACAAAUGCCGACAUACAUGAAAGAAGUCCUUCAUUUUGAUAUCAAAUCAAACGGAGUGUUUUCCAUGAUUCCGUAUAUCGUGUUUUGGAUUUUUGUCAUCAUUGCUGCCCUCUUUGCCGAUUUCUUCAUAUCUAGAAACAUUUUGUCUAUAGAAUGGACGAGGAAGCUGUGCGGAUCAAUAGGAAUGUUUGUUCCUGCAGUAUUCCUGAUUGCCGUUGGUUACAUGGACUGUUUUCAUCAGAUCGAGGCUGUCGCCCUGUUGACGUUGUCUUUGGCGUUUUGCGGGUUUCAAUUUGCCUCUUUCUUUGUGAACCACGCCGAUAUUGCUCCGAAGUACGCCGGGACUAUUUUUGGUAUAACGAACACUGGCGCGAGCGUGCCAGGUAUUCUUGCGCCAUAUGUUGUCAGUUCAAUCACGCAAAAUAAAACACCGGGAGAAUGGAGAGUGGCUUUUUACAUCGCCGCUGCUAUUUAUGCGUUUGGAGGGAUAUUUUACAUCGUAUUUGCCAAGGGGAGGAUACAACCCUGGUCUUCAGAGGAAGAGGACGUCGACGACAAUACGGAUAUCAAUUUAACGGAUCUAUCUGAAAACACAAAGACGUUGAUCAGUAAUGAAGAGAAAGCCGAAACUAAUGGCACGCGUGAUGUGUGAACUGUAAAAUUAGAAAAUUGAUCACUUACGACAGGCCAUUCUCUAGUGCGAAGAGUAAGACACUUGUGUAUAGCCAAGAGAACAGAAUUGAUAAAGCAUGGGAACAUUUUAAUCGGAUGCUUUUAAUUUUUAUUGAUAUAUUCAUGCUUAUAAAACUAAGAAAUUGCGCGUUUUCAUCGGAUGCUUUUAUUUUUUUUAUCGAUAUAUUCAUGUUUAGAAAGAAAUUGCGCGGGUUUAUUUAUUCAUUUUUUUUUUUUUUUCAAUUCGCUAAUUUUUAGCAGAAAAGAAACGAGUUUAGGCUUUGUCCCUUUCCCAAGACAGCAUGAAUAAUCGUUUAUCAACUUAUUUUUUUCUGUCCGUGUAAUACUCGAUUUCUAGGCCUCUUGGGUGUUGUAUUGAUAUUUUUAUUGAUAUUUUACUAUUUCGUCAUUUUGUAUCAGCCCGGUGUUAUUUCGCUGCAUAAUGAACUCUGCAAUGAGAUAAUUUUUCACAAAGUGUGUAUAUCAUAGAUAUUUAAACAGUAUUUUAUUUGACAAUUUACAUUUAACGAUACAUGUAAAAUAUAUGAAGCAUGCAAAAAGGAAUCAGAAACAAGUGUCAAGACACUUAUAUAAAUCUGACUCCUAUAUAUAUAGGUUGACGAUACAUAACAGCAUAAACAUGAUAAAACAAGACAUCGUAUCAUAGUGACAAUUCAAUCUAUUGUGAAAACAUCAGUUAGAAUUUGACUUUAUAAUUACAUACCUUGUAGUUAAGUAAAAAUGGAGAAGAAGAAUGAAUAUUUAGAUAAGGGCACAGUUAUUCAAAAAAAUAUUCGCAGCUUAACAAUAUUAAAAGCCUGAUGAAAUAAUUUCUGGUAAAACUAAAUAACAGAAAGUCACCAAACCCUAGAGCAUCCUCCAGUCUCUUCCUAUCUGGGAAUUUACACACGGAUAUUUUGAAGUAAAGGUGAAGAGAAAAUUUUGCUAAUCAAGUGAAUAAACUUAUCACCAUUUAAGCAACUCGGCCCUGAUGUUACUUCUUGAAUGUGACAAUUUGCAUAUGAUUAGCCAUAUUGACACAAGUUCCCACAGUCUGUUUAUCAGUAAUACAAAUAUACGUUUAGUACAGAGACCGUGAGGCUGGUGAUUAAUGUGCUAUAAUUAUUAUGUAUUUUCAAAAUGAAAUGUUGGUGCGGCGGUUUAAAAUUUUAAAACUUCAUUUCACAGAAUACGACAUUGUAGUAUCAUAGUUUGUUUCUCGACACAUUUAAAAAAUCUAGAAACACUUUUUUUAUUUCUUUAAAUACAAGUAUAAAAAGUGGUUGUAUAUGUGUAUGGGAAUUUCCCUUUAGUCUAUUGGUAGGAUGUACAUGUACGCUUACAGAGCCCAAGUUUGAGGCCAAGCGCGGAAAGAUAUUUUUCAUUACUCCUUCCUUUUGCAUUUGCAAUUGCGACAUUUGCGACGUCCUCGCUUUCGAGGUCCUUUCGAUUUGUCAAAUCUCUACUCAGAGUUGUCGUCCCUUACACCAACUAAUGAAGUGGGAUUAAGGAAAGACAACUCUGGUAGAGACUUCAUUUUCAAGAAGAGCGCAUGGUAAAUGAAAUGGUUUGCUCUUUCUAGUCAGGGGGUAUCACUAAUGUGCCCUGAAAUACUGUAAGAAAUGAUAUUUAUUAAGUAUAUUUCUGAGAUAAGAUUACUCGUGAUAUGAAGAAAUCACUUAUUUUUAUAUCAUUAACCUUGAAAAUAUUUGAAAUAUUUAUUGACCAUUUUACAAUGGCAAAAAAGUAGAUUAUCUCAUGAUGUUUCGGUACAUAAAUAUUAAUGUUUAUCUUUGACACGUGUGUAUUUCAUUGUUUAUAGUUAUUUAUAACCCCUAUCUAUUUUAGAAAAUUUAAAAGAUUUAUUGCUGUGUUAUUUCAUUUGCAAACAUUUUUAUGGUCUGUACGAAUGGACAUUUUAUAGGUAAACAUUCCAGUAAUGAAUAGCUCCGAUGGUUAAACAAAAGUAACCGUUCCAAAGGGGGACAACUCCUACUGAACUUAUCUCAUCGUUUAUUCCUGUCUCAAGAGUAAUUUCCUCCCAGAGUUCCCUCCCUUACACAAUAUACCAUUUCUGGGUUAUUAAGGGCAAUAUUCGAAGAUUGCUGGAAAUUUGCCCGAAAUAAUAAAUUUGGACGAGUUACAUAUAUCAUGGAUCCAUGCAUAUAUGAAAUAUUUUAAUUUCAUUUACAACUGUUUGAAACACAACUAGACAGUAAGGUGUGCCCGUGCAAUAGAUUGAACAGAUAAAAAACAUCACAAGUCAAAUGUAUAUAUAAAUACUUCAAUGUGUUACUAAUAUAUAAUCAUAUCGAAAUGUUAUUUUACACUUUCACAAAAUUCUGGAAUUUUUCAUACCUUUUUGUUCGGUUGGUUGAUAGUAGCCCGAGAUUUCUCAUAUCGUACACAGGUCCAUCUGUCAAUCAAAAUAAUAUGUCUAACUCCUGGUUUUGGAGCAAGAUGAAACUCGGGCGAAGUCUGAAACUGAUCCCCCAUUUUAGAGACAGGGUGAUUUAUAAUACCAAUAACAAUUAUGUAGAUAAGAAACUUAGAUUUAUAACAGAAAUAUGUUUUUCAUGUUUCCUCUCUGAAAUGUUUAGAGAAACAUAAUUAUCUGAUAAAAAAUUACACUUUACAAUUUGCGAUACUUCUUCUUUGACUUUUCAGGAUCAACAUGAAUAUGUUUUCUAUGUUAUGGAUAUCAAACACAAAAAAUGGAGUGUACUUAAGGCCUAAUCUAAAUCAACCGCUAUGAUGAGAGUAUACACCUUUUUGUGCUAUAUUUCCUUAAAAUAAAACAUUCAAGUUAAUCCUUAUAAUUUGAUUUACUAUACACAAUCCUUGUGAAUUCUACUUUGAUUGAUGGAUUUUUUUUCUUCAAAGAAAUCAUUACGUCGCUUUAUCACCCAGUCAAAAGCGGUGUUACAGACGGUGACGUGAUUAUGUAUGUUAAUUGCUGAUUACAUCAAUUUUAAAGCCAAUGAGUAAACUAUUUGGAUAUAAAAGUGACCAUUCCACAGACUAUGUUUCCAUUAUAACAGACACUACCAGAAGGAGGUUAGAAUCUACGAUAUCUAGAGGUGUUACCAUAUCAUUGUUGAUGUUUAUUAUUUCUUUAGAUUACGUGUUAUGUUUGUGAUCUCAAUAGUUUAUCUGCUUUUGUAAUAAAACGUAAAGAAAAUCAA